AUGGGAACGCACACUCUGGUCACACUCGUCUCCGGCGUCACCGCUUUGGCUGUGAUCGGCUCCAUUGCCGGCAUCGUUUACAUUGUAAACGAUCUCAACAAUUUUUACGACGAAUCCAUGGAAAACCUCAACGAUUUCAAGGACGUCGCCGACUCCACGUGGCAGAAGAUGUUGCCCAACGCUGCAGAACUUAGUCGAGAAAGAGAAGAUAAGAGAUUCCCUCGUGGAGCAGCCCAACCACCAAGCUAUUCAGAGGGUAACAGCUGCCCUGUUGGACCCCCAGGACCGCCAGGAGAGCCAGGAGCACCUGGUGAGGACGGAGAGCCAGGGCAACCUGGUCAACCGGGAGGUAAUGGUCGUGGAAACGGCGGCGGCGAAAAACCGGGAUGCAUCCCUUGCCCUCCUGGAGAGCCUGGGCCACCAGGAGCAGAUGGACCUCCAGGUCCUGCUGGUCCUAGCGGUAACCCUGGAACUCCCGGUAGUGCAGCAUAUGGCAUCGGCUUACCAGGCACACCUGGACCACCCGGUGACAGUGGAGCUCCAGGAGCUCCCGGGACACCGGGAUCCCCGGGACAGCCUGGCAUGGGAGGACGAUCUGGAAGCCCAGGAAGACCUGGACCACCAGGACCACCUGGGCCAGCAGGAACACCCGGACAACCAGGACAAGAUGGAGCUCCAGCAGGUCCCGGAACACCAGGAGGUCCUGGACCAACUGGACCAGCCGGAAACCCUGGAACUCCUGGUACCAAUGGUCAGCCUGGACCACCAGGUGGACCAGGAGAGGUGGGAAGCGACGCCGAAUAUUGCCCAUGUCCAGCAAGAGGUUCUUCUGCUGCUUCUGCUGCAUCUGCUGUACACUCAGACACUAGUUCAACGGCCGACAACGGAGCGCCUUCGAGUGGAGGAUACCAAAAGCUUGUUGCUCGCCGUCUAUUCGGAUUGUCGAGAAGGAUCGUCAAAGCAUAA